AUGAAGCCCUGGGGUCUCCUACUCAUCAUCCUCAUCUGUGGGCUUGCGAUGCUUCUGCCUGUGCUAGGAGGAAUCAAGAAAAAAAAUUUAUCCGAAGAAAGAAAAAUUGAACAGUGCUGGGUACAGCCUAUGUUAAAGUAUUGUGCGAAAAAGUGUGAUAAAUCACAAGAAUGUGCAUAUCUGAAUCAUACAUGCUGCUGGACCUUCUGUGGAAACAUCUGCUUGGACAAUGAAGAACCCUUUAAAUCCAUGCUAAACACGAGUUUAUAG